AGAGAAGAGAGAGACCAGCUACUAACCAAAUAUACCAACAUCACAGCAGAGAGAGACCAGCUACUAACCAAAUAUACCAACAUCAGAGAAGAGAGAGACCAGCUACUAACCAAAUAUACCAACAUCACAGCAGAGAGAGACCAGCUACUAACCAAAUAUACCAACAUCAGAGAAGAGAGAGACCAGCUACUAACCAAAUAUACCAACAUCACAGCAGAGAGAGACCAGCUACUAACCAAAUAUACCAACAUCAGAGAAGAGAGAGACCAGCUACUAACCAAAUAUACCAACAUCACAGAAGUGAGAGACCAGCUACUAACCAAAUAUACCAACAUCAGAGAAGAGAGAGACCAGCUACUAACCAAAUAUACCAACAUCACAGAAGAGAGAGACCAGCUACUAACCAAAUAUACCAACAUCACAGAAGAGAGAGACCAGCUACUAGCUAAACUGGUUGUUUUUACAGCUGGAUGGAUUUACUAUCAGUCCAGUUUGUACUUCAUUUCAUCUGAGAAGAAGAGCUGGAGUGACAGCAGAAGAUACUGUAGAGAGAGAGGAGCAGACCUGAUCAUCAUUAACAACAAAGAGGAACAAGUGAGUGAAACAAGUUUUGUAGAUGCAGAGGUCAGUAAAACAAAUACUGCUGUCUUCUAA